AUGAAAGUUGAUGAACUUAUCAUUGACGGGUUUAAAUCAUAUGCAACGCGUACAGUAAUAUCAGGAUGGGAUCCACUGUUUAAUGCAAUAACGGGUUUAAAUGGUUCUGGUAAAUCAAAUAUAUUGGAUGCAAUAUGUUUUGUUUUGGGAAUAUCUUCAAUGCAAACAGUUAGAGCCUCAAAUCUACAGGAUUUAAUAUACAAAAGAGGUCAAGCUGGUGUAACAAAAGCAAGUGUAACUAUAGUCUUUGAUAAUUCUGAAACAACUAAAUCACCAAUUGGAUUUGAAAGAUGUAGCACGAUAAGUGUUACAAGACAAAUAAUAUUAGGAGGAACGUCAAAGUAUUUGAUAAAUGGUCAUAAAGCUCAACAAACUACUGUCUUAAGUUUAUUCCAAAGUGUUCAAUUAAAUAUAAAUAAUCCAAAUUUUUUAAUUAUGCAAGGUAAAAUCACAAAGGUUUUAAAUAUGAGAGCCACUGAAAUAUUAUCAUUAAUUGAAGAAGCAGCUGGAACAAGAACAUUUGAAGAGAAAAAAAUCAAAGCCAAAAGAAUAAUGGUUAAAAAAGAUCAAAAAUUAGCGGAAAUCAAAACUUUACUAUUGGAAGAAAUUGAACCAAAAUUCGAAAAGUUUAGAAAUGAUAAACGUGUUUAUGUUGAAUUCAAAAAUACCGAAACUGCUUUAGAAAAACAUAGAAGAUUUGUCAUUGCAAUCGAAUACUCAAAAUUGUCGCAAUUAUUUAAUAAUAAUGCUGAAUUCGUCACAACUCAUGAAGAAAAAAUUUCCCAGUUGCAUUUGGAAGUUGAUAGAUUGACUCACGAAAUAAAUAAUUUAAACGAGGAUUUAAAACAAGUAAAAGCUGCGAGAGAUGAAAAUUUGAAAAGAGAUGGUACGCUAGGUGAAUUAGAAAGACAAGAGAAUAAAUUAGCAAAUGAAUUGGAAAGAUUGAAAACCAACAGAAGUUUAGCAAAAGAAGAAAUCACUAAUGAAACUGACAAAUUAGAGCUGCAACAAAAGAAACAAAUACAGCUAGAAAAAUCAUUGAAAGAAAGUGAACAAGCAUUUGUUAAUAAUGAAAGCAAAUUGGAAAACCUCAAAAAAGAGGUGGAACUAAUAAAGAAAGAAUUUGAGAGAAAAGAAGAACUAUUGACCGGAUUAAGUACUGGUUUAUCUACAAAAGGUAAUGCAUCAAGUGGUUACACAUCUCAAUUAAGCGAAGCUAAAAACAAAUUAAGUACUUCCAAAAAUUUGAUAACACAACAUAAUAUGAAGAUAGAUCAUUUACAAAGUGGGUUAGAAUCUGAUAAACCUAAGCUAUUAAAAGCAAAACAAGAAUACGAUGAAUUUAUGAAAAACAUAGCCAAAUUAAAAGAUGCCAUUCUGGGUAAACACAAAAAUCUUGAUUCUGCAUUAGGAUCUAACCCUCAAAAUCUUAACGAGCUUCGAGACAAAGAAGCUCAACUAAAAUAUCAACAAGACAAUUUAUUAAAUGAACUAAGCAAUAUGAAACAAAGUUUGAGAGGUCUAGAUUUUUAUUAUGAACGACCUUAUAAUAAUUUUGAUGAUAGUCUAGUCAAGGGGGUUGUUGCCCAAUUAUUUGAUCUACCCGAAUCUUCAUAUGAUAAAGCUAUUGCAUUACAAACAUGUGCUGGAGGUAGACUAUAUAAUGUUGUGGUUGAAUCAGCUGAUGUUGCUUCUCAAUUAUUAGAAAGAGGUAGAUUAAGAAAAAGAGUUACAAUGAUACCGUUGGAUAAAAUUAAUCCAAAUUUUGUCGGAGCUGCAGCUAUAGAGCGUGCUCGUAAUAUAGCACCAAAUAAAGUUGAAUUGGCAAUAAAUUUAGUUUUGUACGAUGAAGAAAUUCAUAAAGCUAUGCAAUAUGUGUUUGGAACUACUUUCAUUUGUGCUGAUCCAGAUGCAGCUAAAAAGGUAACUUUUGAUCCACAGGUCAGAACUAGAUCUAUAACUAUUGAAGGUGAUACUUAUGAUCCAGAAGGUAAUGUAUCUGGUGGAUCAAGAAGAAAUAAUUCAGCAAUACUUUUAAUACUACGAGAUUAUAAUAAAGUUUUAAAAAAAUUAAAUGGUAUAGAAGAAGAAUUAUCAUAUAUAGGAGAUCAAAUAUCAACUUGGGAAAAUACAAUGAAAGCUACCGCAGGUAUGAGGAAAGAAAUUGAAAUGGACAAAUACGAAUUAUCAAUACAAGAAAGAAAAUUACAAUCAAAUCAAGCAUCGUCAAUAAUUAAAUUAAAUGAACAAAGAACUAAGGAAAUUGAAACUUUAAAGACAGAUAUUGAGGAGAACAAAUCUAAAUGCAAACAAUACGAACUAGAUAUACAACAAAUUGAACAAGAUAUCAAAGAAUUUAGUAGUGAUAAAUCAACCAAAAUUAAUGAAUUAAAAAAGGAAGUUUCGACGUUAAAAUCAAAAGUUGAAAAAGGUGAAAAACAAAUGGCAUUGGAAGUUGAAAAUUUUCAAGUUUUACAAUGGGAAAUAGAUCAACAAAAAAAUGAAAUUAAAGAAAUUAUACAAAAUCUUGAAACUUCUAGAUCGCUGAUAGAAGAUUUGAAUGAAAAAGAGAGAAAUAAUGAACAAAUUCAAACAAACUUAGAAAAAGAGUUAGAAGUAAUUAAAACUCAAGUAGAAGAAGAGAAAACAAGAUUGGUUGGAUUAGAUGAUGAAAUGAAUGAAUUAACAAAAGUUAUAUCAACAAAAAAUAAAAAAUCAGAAAGUGCAAAACUUAAAAUAAGAUCUAUAGAAAUUGAAUUAGAGCAAGCUAAAAAUGCAACAAGUAAUUUAAAAUCAAGAUUAGAUAGUUUAAUGAGCGAAUAUGAAUGGGUAUUAGAUAUGAGAGCUGUUGAAAAAGAAAUUUCAGAACAUAAUAAUACAAAUCUUGAAGAAGCAAAAGAUCAUUUACAUCAAUUAGAAGAAAAAUUUCAAAGUAUAAGAAGAAAAGUAAAUGUAAAUAUAAUGAGUAUGAUUGAAGAAAAUGAAAAAAGGGAAGCGUCAUUAAAAUUAAAAAUUAAAACUAUUGAAAAAGAUAAAACUAAAAUUGAUUCAACAAUUGAAAAAUUAAAUGGAGAAAUUAGAAAAGCUCUAGAUGCUACAUAUCAAAAAGUUUCAGAAGAUUUUGGUCAAAUUUUUGCUGAUUUAUUACCAGGAUCAUUUGCAAAAUUAGUACCGAUUGAUAUGUUAAAUGUAACAAAAGGUUUAGAAGUUAAAGUUAAAUUAGGACCUGUUUGGAAAAAUAGUUUAUUAGAAUUAUCAGGUGGUCAAAGAUCUUUAAUUGCAUUAUCAUUAAUCAUGGCUCUAUUACAAUUCAAUCCUGCUCCAAUGUAUAUAUUAGAUGAAGUUGAUGCUGCAUUAGAUUUAUCUCAUACUCAAAAUAUUGGUCAUUUAAUAAAAACAAGAUUUAAAGGCUCACAAUUCAUAGUUGUUUCAUUAAAAGAAGGUAUGUUUACAAAUGCAAAUAGAGUAUUUAGAACAAGAUUUCAAGAUGGUACUUCUGUUGUAUCGGUACUUUAA